AUGGCUGACGACUCGGGUUUCAUGGACUGGCAUCCUCAAACGCCUCCUCCAGCACACAACCCCUACCAAGGAGACUACAUGCCUGGUGGCUGGCCCGUCGAUCUUCCCACACCUCCCCCACCUACCGCCGGUAUCUUCAUGCCUUCUCGCAGACCUUCUCCUCUUGACCACAUCCUCCCUGUCGCAAAAAGAAUAUGUGCUGGCCUAGGCGGGUUGGCUGGACUGGGCUUUCACGCCGCCACACAACUCGGCAGAUGUACUGUCGAUGCAACCACAACUGUUGUCACUGUUCCCACCGUCUACAUUGUCCGAAAAUACCAGCAGCGCCGCCGUGAGCAAAGACCUCACCCAAACAGACGGCAAGCUGCUCCAAGACCUCGUACUCCGCCACCCUCCCAGACACCAUUGAAUCGAGCCGCGGCCAGAGAGCCCAUCCCAGCUCAACAAAUAACAACACCUACUCUUCCACAAACGCCUACUGCCUCUUUCCAGCCGCAACCCAAACCUGUUUCACCUGUAAAGGAAGAACAUCCACCCACAGACGAAGUGCUGUACGAAAUCCCCGAGUUCAGACCACACUACGUCUUGAACCGACGCAGCAAAAAUGUUACCCCGCGAGUCCAAUUCCGGCGCAAACGCCCCGAUCGAGUCUUUCCUGCAAUGCCUCGAUUUACACCUCCGCGGGAACCAAAACUAGUUCACCUUCCAACUCCAGAGGAAAAAUCUGAGAAACCAUUGCUGGAAUGUGGCAAACUCGAAUCUCCCUAUCCGCAGCUGAAACCAAUUCCUGCGUCCCCCCCGUCGCCUGCAGCAACCAUCACCUCCCUUGAGUCUGCAACACCCAGUGCGCAGCUACAUCAAGGCCUUCAGACAUUCACCGAAGGCGACACCUCCAUCGACCUUACCACACCCAGCAAACAAUUGCAACAAACCCUCCAGGCAUGCACUGAGAGUGACACCUCCAUCGAAACUACCACGCCCAGUGCGCAGUUAGAACAGGGUCUCCAGACAUUGGCGGAGAACGACACGCCCAUUGACCUUGAUCCACCCAGCGCACAGUCACGACAAAGCUUUCAAGCAUUCACCGAGAACGACACCUCCAUCGAACCUACCACACCCAAUGCAAAAUUACCACAAGGCUUCCGAGCAGUUACCGAGAGUGACACAGAAUCAAACAGUCUUAUCUCCUCCAUUCAGCGAUCUAGAAAGAGACGCAUUCACAUACAAGACUCCCGCGCGACCGAGAACGGCGAAACAGCCGCAUUCUCGAAGAGGGUCCGGACCAAUGGUCUGAGCGUGGACGCACCACACUCUCCGACACCUACCAUUGUUGUGCAAGACGCACCAUCAUCAGAGAAUCCCAAAGCCCCAACACCUAAUGACUCGACUCUGUUGUCACCGCCACGUCUCAAACUACGACGAUUCAAUACUCCGAAAUCAGUCCAACGAAAAGAGACUCUCCCCAAGACUCCACAGAGCCCUCUUUCAGAUAUCUCAUCCGCCUGCGACUGCUCUCCAGGAAACUAUCACAUCGAUGCACUAAGAUCCCCCAUUAAGAGCGAGAUUUCUUCUUUCUUCGAUGGAACACCACCACCAAAUCCGCAACAAGAAGCACACGUUGUCAGAAUGAUCAUGGCAGGAGGUGGAUCCCCCAUACCAGCUUCCGGUACCCUUGCAGAGAGCGAAAGUGUUGGAGAGACAUUAUCUUCCUACGCAAUGCCUGCACUAGAACAAACAGCCGGUGAAACGUCAAACAGCGACGAACCUGUCACGCCAGAAACCAAAAGCGAAGCAAACAAUGACCCCACCCCUACCACAACAGAAGUGAUAGCAGAGAUGGCUGAAAGUGUCCUUGGCCUGGCCAACCAGGACCCUCUUCUUUCAGAAUCACACAACGUCACAAAGAUAGUGGAGGACGGUGCCACAAUGCAGGAAACAGAGAUUUCCGAGACAGAAUCAUCAAAGACACCUGAGCGUGUCAAUACACACAAACCAGAAGCCGCUAGUCCGAUUGACCUGACUGAGGACAAAGAUCGCAGCGAAUUUAGCUCAUCAGCUUCAUCUUCCCUUCACACUCCCCUCAAGCAACUCGCAGAACUCAGCCUAGAUGAUGUAUAUACACCAGAUCAGCCGACCCCCAAGGCGACUCUACAUUCAUCCGAGAAGGUACAGAGAGUCACACGCGCAGAGUCCAAGAGACUAGCCAUCCUCGAAGAGAAGACUCACUACGAGAUUGUCCCACUCACAGAAGAAUGGGAGACGAAAAUUCAGACCGCCCUUCGUCACGGUCAUGGCACUUACAAGGCCACCGAUUUUACCCGCGUCGUCCCUCUCAAUGGACACUCCAGCCGCGCCACCGAUCAAUGGCUCAAUGACGAAGUUAUUAAUGGGUACCUCAGCCUCGUCGUCGCCCACGGCAAGCAGAACGACCGUCCCACACAAGUUCCGACACACCACGCUUUCGUGUCCUUCUUCUUCAACAACCUCGAAAGCCGUGGCUAUGAUAGUGUCAAGCGAUGGGCUUCACGAGCAAAGAUCGGGGGCAAGAACCUCCUUGAGACAGAAGCGGUGUUCAUUCCUGUCAACAGUGGCGCUCAUUGGACGCUUUGCGUGGUGUCGGGCAGGAACCGCACGAUCGCACACUACAACAGCUUGGCUGGGAACGGAAGACGAUACAUCAACAUCGUCAAGUCCUGGGUCUCUGCAGAAUUGGGGACUGCAUACAAGGAGUCCGAGUGGACCUUCAUCGAUGCAGGAGAGAGCCCCCAGCAAACCAACAUGGACGACUGUGGGGUGUACACGAUCACGAGCGCAAGACAGAUCAUGUUGGGGCUUACGCCUAUGUCGUACAGCCCCGACAUGAUCCCCUUGCAGAGAAGGAGGAUUGUGGCGGAGCUUGUGAACGGAGCGCUCUUAAGGAGCAGUUUGUAG